AUGGCGGCUGCUGCGCCUACCGCGUCUUCCCUGCUCCCUCUCGAGCUCAUCGACAAGUGUGUCGGCUCGAAAAUAUGGGUAGUCAUGAAGGGAGACAAGGAAUUCAGCGGAACGUUGUUAGGCUUCGAUGACUAUGUCAACAUGGUGCUUGAGGACGUGACCGAGUUUGACUACUCCGGAAACCACACCAAGCUUGCUAAGAUCCUUCUGAAUGGCAACAAUAUUUGCAUGCUGAUACCUGGAGGAGAAGGACCUGUCGCGGCAUCAUGA